AUGUCGCAAUUAGUUAAUCACUGUAACGAAAAUGCACCACUGCCUGUCAAUCAAUCAGCAUAUCGUCAGUUCCAUUCAACUGAAACUGCGCUGCUUAAAGUGCAGAAUGACAUACUUAUUAAUAUGGACAACGAAGAGGUUACGUUGCUCGUUAUGCUCGACAUGAGUUCUGCCUUUGACACUAUAGACCAUAAUAUUCUUAUUGAUAUCCUCAAGAAUAAUUUUGGAGCAGUGGACAGUGCACUUCAGUGGUUUAGAUCGUAUCUGACUAAUAGAAAGCAGCAAGUUGUCAUUGAUCGGUGUAAGUCCUCCGAGUUUAUGGUUGCUACUGGAGUUCCCCAAGGUAGCUGCCUGGGUCCUGUUCUAUUUUUACUUUACGUGUCUUUUAAACCUCAGAACUCAUUGCAUCAGGAGUCAGCUGUUAAAGCAAUGGAAGAUUGUAUUGAUGAGCUUCAAAACUGGAUGACUGCACAUCGUCUUUUUAUUCAAAGUAGCAAGACAGAGUUGAUUAUUAUUGGCUCUCGUCAGCAAUUAUCCAAGGUAUCGAUUGACAAAUUGAGGGUAGGAGAAGUAUUGAUUCCUCCAGUAGGCGCUGUUCGUGAUCUUGGGUCUUGGUUAGAUACUCACAUGUCCAUGAAUUUGCAUAUUAGCAAAACCUGCAGCAAGGCCUUUCGAAGCCUUUACCAUAUCAAACAAAAUAGGAAAUACUUAACUGACGAUGCUACCAAAAUUUUAGUUCAUGCAUUUAUUACAUACCAUUUGGAUUAUUGCAAUUCUUUGCUGUAUGGAAUUCCAAAAUAUUAAUUAAAUCGAUUGCAGAAAGUGCUAAACGCUGCUGCUCGUGUUGUAUGUCUUGUACCUAAGUUUGAUCACAUUACACCUAUAUUAAUGAGACUGUAUUGGUUAGGGACCGCUCAUUAUUUAUUGUACAGGGGGGACUGAGGAGAAACUCUACAGUUGUAAUAUUUUUUCGUUGCCCCCCUCUUAAGACAAGUAAAAUUUUCAAAGCCCCCCCCCAACAGGCAAAACAAGAACAUAAAUUUUGCCCCCCCUCUAGCUCUUUAUCUUUAUUUAGAGAAACAAAAACUCUAGCUGUUUAUUUUAGAGAAAGAAAAAUAGGUAAUGGGGACCAAUAGACAUUCCCAUUAUAGACUAAUUUUUUAUCUUAGCAAAAAAAGUAUAUUCCCGGGAAGGGCAUACUAAAAUUACUAAAAUUCCAAAGUUUGGUUGCAAAAUGUUGUAAAAUAUGUAGAAAAUAUAGCCUUCCAAAGUUUGCAAAUUUUGUAUUCUUUUGUAUAAUUGCAAUUUUCGCAUGCAAUACAAAAGUGUACAAAAUUUGCAAACUUUGCAAGGCUAUAUUUUCCGUAUUUUGCAACAAUUCGCAACCAAACUUUGCAAUAAUUUACUUAUUUUAGUAUGCUCUUUCUAGCUGUGGUGAUUUAUUUGCAUCAAGGCCGGAUUUUGAGGGAAGUGUGGAGAGGUGCGCACCUCCCCAGAGAUCGUUUUGCACCUCCCCUGAGAAUUUUUCCACCUCUCUUGAAAGGUCAUGCACUUCCCCUUGGGAAAGUUUCAAUGAUGGAACAAAGUGAAAAUGUGAUGGUUGCUUAGGAUCUACACUUUGUGACGUAAGAAAGUUUUCUCUGUAAAAUUGAAACAGUGAUAGCCAUGUCAAGCACCCUUUUAGUGCAAUGUUUUGAAAGAAACAGUGUAGCAAUUGUAAUGAAGGGCAAGAUUGGAGUCAUACAUUCAUAAUUCAUUAAUACACUGGUACAUAUUAUGUACACUACAUGCAUACCUCACCUCGUUGAUAUUGGGCUGUUCUACAAUAAGCCCUAACUUUCCAUGGGAGUUGUGAGGUAGACCGCUGCACCUCUCCUAAAAUUUUUGUCCACCUCCCCCACUAUUUUCAUCAAAAUCCGGCCUUGAUUUGCAUCCCUUUGCCUAGUUCUAAAAUUAGUCUAUAAUGGGAAUUGUCUAUUUACAUGAACACGAGAGACUUUUUAUUUGACUUCCAUUUAUGAAUAUUAAAGUCUAUAAAUAUUGUUAUUUGUUGUUAAGUUGUUUUGUGAUACAUUUUAAAAACUACUGUUUUUUCAAACUGGUAAAUAUUUUCAAAGCCCCCCUUCUUUCGUCUCUCUGUAUUUUUUCAAAGCCCCCCCCUUUCAGGUUUUAAAAAAUUUGAAGGCCCCCCCAGUUUCUCCUCAAUCCCCCCUGUACAAUAAAUAAUGAGCGGUCCCUUACCGGUUAAAUAUCGUGUUAUAUUCAAGAUCGUACUGUUGGUUUAUAAAGCUCUGCAUGGAUUGGCUCCCAAAUAUAUUUGUGAAAUGUUGACUUAUAAACAAAGUAAUAACUACUCUUUGAGAUCAGACGAACUAGGGCUUCUUCAUGUUCCAAGCACACGGAGAAAGUUUUUUGGUGAUCGUGCCUUUUUGAAAGCAGGACUACUCUAUGGAACUAAGUACCGUGUGAGAUUCGGCUUUCACCUUCGUUGGAUUCUUUUAAGACAAAUCUUACGACAUUUUUGUAAGAAUCUUGUUUUUAAAUAUUUUUAAAUAGAUGCUUAUAGUAGUUAAAUGUUGUAAACAAGUAAAUAACGUAGGGAAAUUUUUAUUAGCUUCCUAUUUUAUGUAAUUAAGCGCUUUAGAAUAUUCUAUAGUUUUAGCGCGGUACAAGUUAAUAAAUUAUUAUUAUUUUAAUUAAAUUAUUAUUAUUAUUACUUACUUACUCACCCUGUAAACAUUAGACAGAUUUAGAUCGAGGACGCGGACGUCAAAGACGACGUAAAAAUGGCGUCAAAGUGGCGUGGCAUAUCCAUACAUGGGCACAACACGCCAUUUUCACGUCGUCUUUGACUUCCGCGAUCUAAAUCUGUCUAUUCCCUGUUGGAGGGAACCGGAGAGCCCAGAGAAAACCCACGACUUUCGGUAGAGCGUUGACCAACUCUUUUCCAGGGACGCCGGAAAGGGGGGCGCAGGGGGGGGGGGCAGCGCCCCUUGCCCUUUAGUAAGGGGGGCAGGGGGGAGGGCGAAAGUGCCCUUAGAUAAAAAUUCUAACCCAAAAAAUAUGAGGUACAACGAUUAAAACGUAUGAAUUACGGGUGAAAUGGACGUCAUAUUGAUAUAUACGUGAAAUUUUCUGGAAUAUUGUGUCAAAAAUUAGGUUAACUUUUUGCCCUUGUUUUGGUGAAUUAUGGUUCCGGAAAAUUUUUUGCCCUAGUUUUGGUGAAUUAAGGUUCCGGAAAAAUUUUUCGGAAACGAAAUAUUAAUUAGUGAUUGCCCUUACGUCAACAUUGCCCCCCUGUGCCCUACCCUCGCUCCGGCGUCCCUGCUCUUUUCACAUAAGUGUCACGCACAAGUCCGUAGCGAGAAUCGAACCCACGAUCUCAGAGGUGAAAGGCGCUUGCUCUGACGGUUGCACCACCGAAGCCCCGUGUAUAAUUGUCAUUGAAAAGCCCGAUUAUGGGAAUGUCAAUGAAGUAUGUAAUGUAAUGUUUUUAUUACAAGAAGACAAGAAGUAUAGCUAUAUAUAACGCAUAUUUUCAUAUUUUUGGGAAAAUGUUUGGUCAUGCCCAGCGUGACUAGCAUGACCGCUACUUUCGAUCGCCAAUGGAAACCCUACAAGACGGUACGGGGCAAAUAAUUAGAAAUCUUGCUGUUGGGAGGGCUCAACUGCUGUCGCAAAUGCAAACAAAUAUGAGACAAAUACCUUAUUUGCAAAAUGAUCUUAGCGUUACCAAAUCUCCAAUCUUGAAUAACAACAACAUAUUUCGUCUAGCGCCGUGAAUUUAACGCACGACAAAAUGCACGUCUGACCUCAACGACCGACAUAACGCAUAUUUUGGUCAUUUUUUAUCACAAUGAUGCCAUAAAGGCUAUCUUUAAAACAUAAAACAAGGAAUGGGGAAUCCGGGAAUCCGGGAAUCGGGAAAUCCGGAUAUCGGGGAAUCCAGAACUGAUAAGACGGGGAUAUUAUGAAAGUGCUUGUUGUAAAGCGUGUUCGCUACUGUAUACAAUGCGAAUCAGUUGUCUUAAAUAACUCAUGCUUAUUAUAUAUUAUAGAUUAUAACAGCGCUGUGCACAUCUGUGAUUUUAAUAACAUAUAAUUUUAUUAAUUCCAAUUAGACAUUAGCGUCUAUAGAAUUUUGUUCCAACGCGCAAGUUUUUUGAAUUAAUAGACUGUAAAAUGCAUGCAUCUUACAGGAAACGGGAUAACAUGAAACUAAAGCCCACGCUUUAUAUGUUAAAUAUUAAGCCGCUUUUCCACUAGGCGGAAUUUUGCGCGCGGAGCGGAAUUUUUCUUUGUCUUGUGAUUUCUCGGGUGGAACUAAUUAGAAAAGACAAAGAAAAAUUCCGCUCCGCGCGCAAAAUUCCGCCUAGUGGAAAACAGGCUUUAAAGCCAAAGGGCGCAAUUCGGCGGCGGCGGCGAUGACGCGGUAUGUUUUUAGUUUUCAUUCACGGAUACUUUGUAAUCCCAAAUUACUUACAGUACUUUAAAAUUAACAUAUUUUUGAUUAUUUUUUAACAACUAAAAAUCGCACAGAUUUGGUUUAAGCAGACGUUGGAGUUAAACUCCACAGUAAUGUACCUUAAAGUAUCUGUAAAUAAAAACCGUACCUCGUCGCCGCCGAAUUGCUCCCCGUUCGCUUUAAUAUUUAACAUAUAAAGCGUGGGCUUUUAGUGUUAACCCGUUUCCUGUAUGAUGCAAUGCAUAAACUUGCGCGUUGGAACAAAAUUCUAUAGACGCUAAUGUCUAAUUGAAAUUAAUAAAAUCAUAUGUUCAAUUAAAAUCACAUACGUGCAUAGCGCUGUUAUACAUAUAUAAUAUAUCAUUAGCAUAAGCGGCUAUAUAGUAAGACAACUGAUCCGCAGUGUAUACUGUAUGUUCAUUGCUUGUAUUAUUCUAAACAAAGUAGCAAAUGCGUUUUCCAACAAGCACACUAAUAUCCCCCGUCUUAUCAGUUCUGCAUUCCCGGAUUCCCCAAUUCCCGGAUUCCCCGAUUCCACAUCCCCUGUUUUAAAGAUAGCCAUUCAAUAAAGGUGUCAAAUGACAGCUAAAAGGCUGAUAUUUAUAAACACGAAAAUAGAAAACCUAUAUAAACGCAAUACCUAAACGCACGAUAACAUGUCAAAGUUGGAUAAUCUUUUUUUGAUACGCCCUCCAUAUUUGUUUUUCAGCACUGGUUGGAUCAUGUCAGUUUUCGUUAACGUUCGUAUUCGGUCCGCUGGUGGGAUCUUUCAUCGACUGGUGUGGAAUACGUAAUAUUUCCAUUGCCGGAGGAUUUCUAUAUUCUGUUGGCUUAAUAUCAGCUUCUUACGUAAAUACAAUCUAUGGCCUAUUUCCUACAUUUUCUCUUAUUUUCGCAGUGGCAGCAUCUUUAUUGUAUUCAUCAAUAGGGAUAGUACCUAUUAAAUGUAUGUCGUCGCGAUAUCAAGGAAUGGCAUGCUCUUUAGUAUCCAGUGGCGGUCCCGCAGGAAUGUUAACAUUUUCCUUGAUAAUAACAUUUUUAUUGGAACAAUUUCACUGGAAAGUUAUGUUUCGUAUACUUGGAUAUCUUGGAGUCAUUAUUAGUCUGUUAAGUUUAACCUAUGGUUGGAUUGAAGAAGUUCCAAAUAUUUCUGAGAAGAAGAGAACACCAUUUUGCGACAUGUCUUUAUGUAAACGUCCUCGGUUCUUUGUCUUUAUGCUUGGAUCAUCAGUAUCAAUGUUAGGAUGGUCUGUUGGAAACUUCUUUUUGGUGAGUUCACUUGCUAUAAUAGGCUUAUCAACAUGCAUGCAUUAAUGCUACAACGUCUAAAUAAAGGGAAAAUUUCAACUUCGCUCAUAGGCUAUAGCAAAUGUCAUCUAGUAUACAAUGUAUAUGACAAAGUUGUAUACAGCUGUAACAGCGCACUGUUUGAAAAGUCCUACGGUAUUGGCUGAAUGGUGUUAUUUGGUGGUCGUGGUAGUCGACCAAUAAACGUGUUUUCUACUAUGACGUAUUCAUUCUAAUAUAUUCUAGUUCUUAUAUAAGCAUAAAUUCAGGCCAUAAAUAAUUAUUAAUAAUAAACUUUCUUCAGCAAUAUCAUUCACAUUUUAAAAUAUUUUAUCAAUAUAAGAUCAUGGAGUCCAUGUUGUAUAUAAGAUACAAAAACCACUCGUCAUCCGCUUCUGUUUGUAUUAUACAACAUGGCUCAUGCUGUAUAUAUUACAGAUCUUGUUUUUCCUAUAUAGGUAGAUCGUGCUAAAUCUUACGGCAUUCAUGAAAACAAAUCAAAAUGGUUCUACUUCGCGAUUGGAAUUGUUAGCAUCCCGAGUGCACUUCUUGCUGGGAAGAUUGGAGACUUGGUAAAACAUCGCGUUAGGUUGACAAUAAUAUGUCUCUUCUUACAUGGUAUUAAUACAUUGUUGAGUUACUUAUAUAAAACUUACAUCACUAUGUUUAUAUACUCAAUCUUCUCUGGAAUGUUCUUUGGUGCUUAUAACGCCAUAUUAUGUGUCGCCAUAUUGGAUUGUGUUGGAGCAGAAAAUAUAGCACAAGCCUUUGGAUUUCUGAUUGCCUUUCAAGGAUCAUUUCUAUCUCUUGGGCCACCUAUAGCAGGUAAUAAUAAUCGAUCAAUUGUUUCUGCCAUAGGAAGCAAGUAAGCAGUCAGCCUAAUUUAUACAGCGGGCUUAUAUAUUUUCUACAUUUUCUUUACCGCAGUUGCAACUUCUGGCACAGAGUCAUGUUAUCCCGCAUUUCACUCCGCCGACCGUUUCCUCCUCAUGUGCCAUACCGUAGAAUAAGAAUGAAAAUAUGAGAAAAGUAAAAGCAGUACUGCAAGUUCAUAUGGGCUGACUCAUGGUGUCUGUUAACACAUUUUCACCUAACAUCACCCUAUGUCCGAUAUUGAGAUGAAUGCAGUAUAAAUUGCCUCAUAUAACAUGACCCGCCGGAUAUGUGCCGUUCAGGAGUAAUGUCUUCCCACAAUGUAUAUAUCCCCCAUUAACAGUUUUCGUUUUAGUUUGUCAUAUUAUCGCUAUUUUAAGUGUUAAGAUAUUCCUCAAACCGUUAAAUUCGAUGUCGUGACUGAAGCGAAUCUGGUAUCGUGUAACUGGGGUCCAGCUUAAAGUCGUGUUUCUAAAUGUGGUUGUAUGUUUUCCCCUUCAGGUUGGUUGAGAGAUACAACUGGGACAUUUAAACUUCCCUUAAUUGUUGCUGGAUGCUUUGAAAUUCUUGGAGCAUUAGUAUCGAUUCCAAGUGCUACAGUACAGAAACGUGAACAAGAUUUAGGACAUAACUGUGAGAACAAAAGUACUGCUGUUUAG